UGUUCCUCAAGGCUCAGCCCAAUACAAAUUAUUCUGUCGAAGCAGACAACUUCGAAGGACUCCGAUCUUGAAGACUUACUUAUUUUAAAAGAGACUAACAAGUUAAGAGAUCGCUUCAGAAGGCUUGAUAUUCGAAACAUGUACAUAUAUCAUCGAAGUUGAACCGAGUCGAUUAAAAGGCGACUUGAUUUUUCAUUUUCAUCAAAUUGACAUUCAACUCAGCAUUUUCAAAUCGAGAUAGCAUGUCAUCGCUUCACGAAUCAACUAAACUGGCUAAAAACCUACAUUGGAACUUCAAACAUCCAACGACCAAACAAACUACCACUGCUGCUGCUGCUACUACCACCACAAGAAGAAAGGAGAAUCUGAUGAUAAUCGAAAGUACACAUCAAACAUUGACAAACAACUUCAAAUUAUCUCAUCAAACCUCACAAUCUCAACCUUCAAUCGAAUCAAACUUGAGUUCAGCAAAAAACAAUAUUCAAAGACAACCUCUCCUUCAAAACUUAACAUCCAAUUUCAUUUCUAAGCCUAAUCCCAAAACUUUCAUAACCAAUCCAACAACAAUCAUCUCAGCUUCUCAAGCGACAAAAAUGAAAUCAACUUUAAAACAACAAACCAGAUUGAUCUCCCGUUCUCAAAUAGACGCUGAUUUCUCCGCGAAACUUCCACCUUUUCAACUCCACGAUCUUCGCUAUCCAACCCAAUCAAUUCACCUUUGUCCAUCGCCAACUUAUCCCACGAGUUCAUUGGAAGAACUUAUCAAAAAAGUGGUUCAAGAUGCUAUUGUUCUUGAUGAACAUACUAGAG